AUGUCCUCAUCGCGACGCCCACGAACUGCGAGCAAUUACCCACCACUCCUGAAUGAAGACGUCACAAAAGACAUGUCGGACAAACAGCCAACCGAAAGCCCCGAAGCUUCGCCCCGCAAGUCGAGGCCCGCCAAGGGCAAGGGCAAGGCGACGUCGCCAAACGGCGGAAAGGAGAUGAGCGAUGCUGACCGCGUCGCCUUCCAAGCGCUUCAUCGCAGCGCACCUGCGAUGACCAACCAGACGAUGACAAUGUUUGGUUGGGCCCAGCUGGAGGGCACGGUCCAGCAGACGACCCUCCUUGGCCUUGGCGUCAAGCUCCUCGCGGCGAGGGCCAAGGCUGAGAUCACAGGAGAGCCCCUCAGCAGCCACAUCGACGUUGCCCAAGUCGAUGCGAUCCAGGUCAAGGCCGACGAGAUCCUCGCGGCGAUGCGAGAGGAAGAGCGACGUCUGACGACGCACUCGCCUCGCACGCAUGCCCUGCGCCUCUGGCAGCGCAUCUUGGACUCCGGCCUUUUCAAGUCCUCUGUGGCCGCUCUGGACAAGGUCGGUGACAAGGUCGCCAGCACCUUCACUCGCCCUUCCCCCCCUCCUUCUCCUGCCGGCCGCAACGCCGACGCUGGCCCCUCAAAGCCAGCGAAAGCGCACAAGAGGCGCCGCCAGAGCGACGAGUGGGUCCGCAUAGAGCAAAGCCAGGAAGUGAAAAAAGUGGGAUGGUUCUGGGAGUCGACGAGAGUUGCGCGUUGCGCCCGAAGUAGCAAGUCAGGUCGUAAUGGGCCAGCUGUACCCUUAAGUGGUACGCUGCACGGCCAAUCCGAUGCUACGAAAGAAGGGAGCAAGCCAGAAUAG